GGUCAAUGUUUGCACAGCCCGUGUGACUUCUCCAUUGUAGUACUGGAGCUCACGCCAUGAAGACUCUCCUACUUUUCGCCGCCGUCUGCGUAACUGUGGCCUACAGCCAAGUGCUGGAGCCAUGCUCGCCACCGCCCCUCUGGGAGGCCCGAGUCUCAAGGAUUGACCCAGAGAAGCGGUUCUCCGAGCGCGCCCGGAUGUCCUACGAUGCCACCAACCGGCGUGUCCGCAGGAUCGAGGAGGUGAACCUUCUUGAGCAGAGGGACUUCUACGACGUGCUGUACAUUCACAACACCGAACCUGGCACCGAGUACCGUCUUAACCUGAAGACGAAGGAGUGUGAGAAGAGGGAGCUUUCCGAGCCUUGGCGUAACUUCCAAGUCCCUCCCAACUCCACCUUCCUGGGCGAGGGUUACAUCGGGACCGGCGCGGUACCCGGCGCAGGCGUCCUGACGGAGCUCUGGUCAAAUACGUUUGAGAGCGGAGACAAGUACUUCGGUGUUUACACCGUCGUGGGAUGCCUCCCUAUCCAAGAGGAAUUCUACAGCAACCGCACUGGCCUCGUCUCCACAUUCUUCUUUGACGUGACAGGCGGUAUCUCCGACCCUAACGUGUUCAUCCCACCCAGAGAAUGCAUGUAGUUACUGCCGGUGUCACCUGGAACUGAAGUCGCGCAGGCUUCGCAAUUAAAAUACAGAAUAAAUUUGCAAUAAAAGCUUUCAGAAGAAAGUCGUACAACAUGGCGUGUAUUCUUGUAAUUUGUACUUAGGUUGCAAGACCUUAACGAUAACGAGAGUUUGUACGUUUGGUACAGUUUGUCCUGUAAGCGUUUAUUCUGAUUUCAUGUAACACGUCUCUGUAUACGGUUGUCGUUCUCUCGCCGCUGGCCUCAGUAUUGGCAAAUAUAUUGUAUUGUCAUCUUACUGCAGUGAUGGCAACCGGUAACUGAAUUGAGUUGUAUUAAAACUUUUCUGGUGCUGAGUUUAA